AUAAGGUGCAUGAUCAAAUUAAUUUGCAAAAGAACGUUGCCCUGUAUAAAUUUCGCAACCCAGUGUAGAACCAACGCUUGGAUUCGCAUUUCACAAUGUGGGUUCUCUGCACAAGCUCUCCAGUUGACUCAACAACAUUGCACGAGCUUUGUAGAGAUUCCCAUAUCAGACUUCGAUUCUUAUGCAUACGCUGCUAUGCUUCAAGAUUGUAUCCAAAAAGGUGACACCAAAUUAGGAAUGCGACUUCACUGCGAGAUUCUGAAAAGAGGUGGUUGUUUGGAUUUGUUUGCUAGGAAUGUUCUUCUGAAUUUGUAUGUGAAAUCUGGCCUUUUUUCUUAUGCCUAUAAAUUGUUCGAAGAAAUUCGGGAAAGAAAUACUAUUUCGUUUGUAACUUUGAUUCAGGGAUUAUCAGAGUCUGAACGUUUUUUUGAGGCCAUGGACUUGUUUGUUAGGCUGCAUAGGGAAGGUCAUGAGCUUAAUCAAUUUGUUUUUACUACGAUUUUGAAGUUGCUUGUGAGGAUGGGAUGGGCAGAGCUAGGUUGCAACCUUCAUGCUUGUAUAUAUAAGCUGGGACUUGACUCUGAUGCCUUUGUUGGGACUGCUCUUAUUGAUGCCUACUCUAUAUGCGGACAUGUUGAUAUUGCUAGACAUGUUUUUGAUGAUAUUAUUUGCAAGGAUAUGGUUUCUUGGACUGGAAUGUUAGCAUGUUAUGCUGAGAAUGAUUAUUUCAAAGAAGCAGUAGAGCUUUUCUAUCAAAUGAGGGUGAUUGGUUUCAAGCCUAACAAUUUUACUUUUGCUGGUGUUCUUAAAGCCUGUCAUGGUUUGGGUGCCUUAAGUGCAGGGAAAAGCGUUCAUGGAUGUGUAUUAAAAUCACAUUAUGAAGCGGAUCAUUUUGUCGGUCUUGCAUUGCUUGAUCUGUACACCAGUUCUGGAGACAUAGCUGAUGCUCACGGGGUGUUUGCAGAGAUGCCCAAAAAUAAUGUGAUUCCUUGGAGUUUCAUGAUUGCACGUUAUGCUCAGAGAGACCAGUGUGAGGAGGCUUUAGAUGUGUUCCAUCAGAUGAGGCAAGCUUUAGUGGAUCCUAAUCAGUUUACAUAUGCUAGUGUUCUGCAAGCUUGUGCAACCAUAGAGGCUUUAGAUUUAGGGAAGCAAAUACAUUGCAAUGUAGUCAAAGUUGGUCUUGACUUGGAUAUUUUUGUAUCAAAUGCCCUUAUGGAUGUCUAUGCUAAAUGCGGAAUGAUGGAGAACUCUGUGAAACUAUUUGUUGAAUCACCUGAUAGAAAUGAUGUAACUUGGAGCACAAUGAUUGUUGGGUAUGUUCACCUAGGUGAUGGAGAGAAGGCAUUGAGCUUGUUUUCAGAUAUGCUUAGAUAUCAAGUUCAGGCAACAGAAGUGUCAUAUUCUAGUGCCCUUCGUGCUUGUGCUAGUAUGGCUGCUUUGGAGCCAGGGCUUCAGAUCCAUUCUUUGACAGUUAAAACAGUAUAUGAUAAGGAUGUUGUAGUCGGUAAUGCUAUUAUUAAUAUGUAUGCUAAAUGUGGUAGUAUCAAAGAUGCCCGAUUGGUGUUUGAUAAGCUGAACAAACGGGAUGAAGUUUCAUGGAACGCCAUCAUCUCAGGGUAUUCUAUGCAUGGCCUGGGUGUGGAGGCUAUAAAAGUAUUUGAAAUGAUGCAGAAAACUAACUGUAAACCAAAUAAAUUAACAUUUGUUGGUGUAUUAUCCGGUUGUAGCAAUGCAGGAUUGUUAGAUCAAGGACAAGCUUAUUUUAACUCUAUGGCACAGGACUAUGGCAUUGAACCUAGUAUAGAACACUAUUCUUGUAUGAUCUGGCUAUUAGGAAGAUCAGGACACCUAGAUAAGGCUGUGAAGUUGAUAGAAGAAAUACCAAAUGAACCUAGCAUAAUGGCUUGGCGUGCUUUGCUUGGGGCUUGCGUUGUCCACAACAAUGUUGAGCUUGGAAGAUUUUCUGCUGAGCGCUUGCUUGAAAUGGAACCCCAAGAUGAUGCCACACAUGUCUUAUUGUCAAACAUAUAUGCCAGUGCAAGGAGGUGGGAAAAUGUUGCAUUUGUUAGAAAAAACAUGAAAAAGAAAGGAGUAAAGAAGGAACCAGGUCUAAGUUGGAUUGAGAUUCGGGGCACAGUUCACUUUUUCACUGUAGGAGAUACUUCUCAUCCUGACAUGAAACUAAUCAAUGGGAUGCUGGAGUGGUUGAACAUGAAAAUAUGGGAGGCUGGAUAUGUUCCUAAUUGCAAUGCUGUUUUGUUAGAUGUGGAGGAUGCCGAAAAGGAACGCCUAUUAUGGGCUCACAGUGAAAGAUUAGCUCUAGCAUUUGGGUUAAUUAAAACACCAUCAGGGAGCCCCAUUCGUAUUAUUAAAAAUCUCCGUAUAUGCAUAGAUUGUCAUGCCGCAAUGAAGUUGAUAUCUAAAGUUGUGAAGCGAGAUAUUGUUGUCAGGGAUAUAAAUCGGUUUCAUCACUUUCAGGAUGGGGUUUGCUCUUGUGGUGACUACUGGUAAAAUGGUGAUUAAUCUGCUUCAUUGAGAUCUAUAAUUUCUAAUGGCUAAAGUGCCGAUCUUAUUGAGUUACUCUCUGUCAAAGAGGAUAAAGAGGGAUAAAGAUUAGAGAGGAUAGUGAAAGUUAUUCCUAUUUUCACAAAUCCAGCGAUGGGAAAGGCUUGCUCAGGGAUCAAAGAUUCCCACUCAGAGAUUCUGAUAAGGUUUUCCAUCAAACAUUUUAGAACUUGCCAGGAGAGAAGCUUUUUAAAUACAUUUGCCUGCUAAGUUGCUAUCUAUCAACUACUCCUCGGCCUGUAAUUGUUCCUAUUGGAUUCUUUUAGGUGUUUUAGUUUUUAUUGUGUUCAGUGGCAAAAUCAAAAUACCAAAUAAUAAUAAUAAUAAUAAUAAAAUAAAUCAAAAAUUGAGUGAC